UCAGCUUCACGCCACGAACUCUUGUAGAUGAACCGAGGUACGCGGACUCAGGCUGGAAGUGACUGACCCUUGCGAACAGUCGGAAUCUGUUUAGCCCAGACAAGGUACAUUUCUAAUCCCGACAGGGAUCGCACGAUGCACAGGGUGCAUAUGGAGAAAUCGCACGCAGAACGAGUUUGCAUGCCGUUUGUGUGACACUGACCUACCUCUGCCUGAUUGGGGUCUUUGUCAUCAGCAACAGAGGGGCAGAUGGCCGUUCUAUUUGCAGUGAAAUCAGCUGGAGACUCAAGAUUGUGCCGCGGUAUUUAUAGCAGCGCAUAUUUAUUAAGCCUCACUGUACGUUUUGUUUUAUUAUUUAGAACAUUAAAUAACAAGCACAACAAUGAAUCUCAAUCGUUUUGUUUUUUUUAAAUGAGUAACUGUAAGAUGUAUAGAGUUUUACUGAAUGAAAGCAUCAAAUAAUACUGUGCGUUACAAAUUUAGAUACUGUUCUGAAAAAGAGACGCAAUAUUAAUUUGUGAAAGGAUUAUCAUAAAUAGAAAUGAUCUGACAGGAUCAAAGCUGAAUGGGGCCCUAAGCUGAAUUCCCACUUGGAGUUAAGACUGUUCUCUACCUGCCUGGUUAAUUGUUUUCACAACUGACUUUAGAGAUAGCUGUAACCGCAACACUGAAUUCCCCCUGAAUUGUCACAUCAGUCUUUUUUUAUUGGUAUAAUUUGUUAAAAACAAAUAAAUAAAAAAGCACAUGUGGCAAAGUGUGGUGGAAGGUAAAAGCUGGGUAGAAAGUUUGGUAAUUGGGCGAUUCCUGUGACUUUGUCAUUUGCUCUUGCCCUCAAGUCCAAAGCAGAAUCCUUAGAGAUAAGGGGAAUGGCCUGGAUGAGCUGUAGGCCUGUUUUGAAAGAUGUCAUGGCUACUUAAGAUUUAUUUUCACACAGUGGUGUUUGUGGAUGUGUGUUACGGUUCAUUUCCCAGGACAGCACAGCCUUAGUGGCUGUCAAAUCCUUUUACCAAAAGAGUUUUUCUUUUUUUUUUUUUAAAGAAAUCUAAGCGCAUUUGAUCAUCUGUAGCUCAAAUCAUAGUAUCCGUGUAAGCGUAAAAAGAAAUACAUAAAUAAAACACAACUUAGUGAGGUUUUGAUAAACUUGUAAGCAAAGAAUAAAAGCACUUCUUUAAAUUUUCUGAGCAUUAAAUGGCUGUUGGGGUCUUUGGGCUCCAAAGCACCAGCAGCAGGAAGCUCUAUAUAAGACUGGGCCUCUGUGGGGAAUCGAGUAGCUGGCGAAAGUUAUUCUGGGUCUCCAUUUCAUUAACUCUCCUCUUUACUAAUGCUAUCAGUGUUUGGCAGCACAGCAAAUGAAAUGGUUUCAAAGACAGAUCAGCAGAUUUUGUCAGGACUGUAGAAGGCAGAGAGGCCAUCUUGGCUCUUGUGCUGUGCUUUGAUCAUUAGUUUGGAGCUAAUGAUCCAAACUAAUGAUCAAAGCACUAGUGUCCAGGUCAGCCUCAAACUGUGUAAAGUGUCAACUAACAAUAUAGAUACAUAGCAGAUGUGUGAAAAUGCUACUAAUUUUUAAUGUAACAGGAUAUUCUUUUUUUUUUUGGAGUGAGGGCAAAAGACUGAAAGGUCAGGAGCAACAAAUUAGGUUAUUAUCAUCCCUGAUUUGACUCUCCACAUUACUGCAUGCUGUCUGUAGUGUCCCCCCUUUUCGCUGUGUUCAGUCUGUCUGUUGGGCACACACAGCAUCUGUUGGGUUUUGCCAAUUUUGACACCAUGUUGAGAAUGACAGCUGAAUGGGAGUGCGCUCGGCUGAUGGCGGAUGAGACAUUCAAAUAUUGCGUUGGUCAGUCAAAGCCUUUGCGGCUAUUGCUGCGCAUGGAUUGAUCUGGAGACAGCACUCUUCUUUUAAUUUCUGAAAUUUCUCUCUCUUUUUGCAUUGACUCUUUUGAGUCAAUGCAAGAAAUCAGGAAACCUUGAAUGUCUUUUUUUAUUUUUUAUUGUGGUUCUAGUUUGCAAAGUUGUUUUGUUAUUUUUUCUUCUUAAGAAGGAUUUCCAGUUUGGCACAGUAAAAAUAAAUCUGUGAUUGACAGAAGAAACAGAGAAGGGAAAACAAAGCCUGAGCCUGAUUAUUGCUAAAGGGCAGCCUCAUCCAGCUGGGUUGAUACAGAGAGCUGGCAUGUCAACAGAGAGUGCAAGUUGACUCCUUGUUAAUUACCCCUUUGAUUGAGCAUUUUUAGUAGAGCUCUGCAUUGGUUUAGCAAUGUCUUUCUUUAAAUUCUCCUCAGUAUUCCCCACCACAGUGUACAUGUUCAUUUCUGUAGAGUUGCCUGUACCCUGGACGGAGAUUAAAAUAGAUUAAUCAGGGAUUAGAUUGUGAAAUAAGAGGGGAGGGAGGGAUAUAUUGAACGAGCGUCUGGGGUGUGUCUCGCUUUCUUCUGAUGUGUCCUCCUCACACACGUUUACUCACCAAAAACCUCCGAGACCUCUCUUGAGUUUCGUCAUCCUACUUAAAUGCUGCACACGUUUACACCCGUGUGCACCUGGAGCUAGCAUUAGGUUUGUUGCUGUGUGUGUGUAAAAAGGCAAUGCUAUGGUGAAGCGUGCCAGCGAUGACGGAUGUGGAGGCCACUUACGAGGACUUCAUCGCUUCUCGACGAUCCGGCCGCAGGAACGCCAUCCACGAGAUCCCAGGAGACCCGGGAGCGCAGGGGGCCGCUGACCUGUCCCAGGCUCUGGCACAGCUUAACAUCAACAAAUCUGGGGAUGAGGAAGUGGACGCAGAGAAAGGCCAGGGCGAUUCAGCAAAAGAAGAGGAGACUGAAGCUGAAGACUCCUAAGUUGAAAUGGGGACCAAGCAUGGACUUGAGGGGUCUAGAAUAAUCCUAGGAUUCUCCAGCUCACCGUUUGCAAACAAGAGAGAAACUCAAGAAAACCCUCUGCUGCUAUCGUCCCAGCAGGACAAAGUUUUCUUGCUGCGUUUGGUGAUCUAGGAUCUAGGUCGACUGUGAGCGUAGCAUGAUGUCAGCAACUAAAGUCAAUGUGUUUUCACAGUUCUUAGGUGUGGAGAAAGGAAGGCGACAGACACCAAAACGAAAAAGGUCCUCUAAGGAUUUUUUGAGGCAAAUUCUUAAGAGUUGCCACUAAGUCUAAGCAUGUUUACCUUGCCCUUGUUCUGCCUUUACUCAACCAGCACUCAUUUCUCUGAAACACUCCCAGGAAAAGGUGACCAGGGUCUGAAAAUACUCACUCCUCCACUUCGUCAUCUUCUCUUGCAAGUACUUGCACACACGAACCCUCUCUUAAUGUCUCCUGUCAGCUGUUUCCUUGUGCUCAAUAAUUUUCUGCAUGAUUUUUUUUUUCCCCCCUCUGGACCAUAGACCUAGUUUAGCUAAUUGGCUUUGUUGACUUUCUAUUUGUCCAUCUGCCUUAGGUAAUCUCAGACGCAGCUGAUUCAAAUGAUGAUUAGGUAACACACUGUUAACCCCUGGAAAGUAGAGUCUUAGGUCUAUUCUGCUUCUGAGGCAACAUGCAGAUUAGAGGUUGUUGUUUUUCAAAUAUUUCAACACCUUUUCUUCAAGAUCUGCACAUGAAGUUAUGGUUUUCUGCCAUGUGAAGGAUAUUGUAAUGCAGCUUACAUUUCAUCACUUAAAAAUGGAAUAUUUUUGCACUAAUAAGUAAUGAGCUGUUAAUAUUUUUAGUAUUAGUUUUGCAAUUACAUUUGGAAGAUGAAACGCUCUGGACUAAGAUUUUUCUUACCGUCAAGACUUUCGCUGUCUGUGACGAACAAAUUUCACCCUGAAAUCCACAUUCUUCACAUUUCUGGUCUCCAUACAGUAACACACUGCCGUGCAUUAUAUUCUAAUCAUUUUUGUAUGUUAUCUUGUUUCAAAUUUAACGUGUGAUCUUGUGCAGCCCCAGAAGUAUAACGGAUAUUUGUUGUUGUUAGAAAUUGCACUACUGAUUGCACUCAGAUUUAACCAUGCGUGGAUUCUGAUUAAUUUAUUUAUUUACUUUUAAUGGGAUGACUCUUGGGCCUGUAUACUCUGCACAUAAACCUUUUCAUAGUAAAAUAGCUUUAAUACUAUAAUGGUAUUUUUGCCUUGUAUAACUAAACCAAACAUAUGAAGACGCACUCUCAAAAAAUGUCUUUGUAAAAUUGAUGCUGUGAAAUUCUUUCAUUCAGUGGUAUUAUGGUAUCUGAUUUUUUUUUCCUCUUUAAAUUUGAGGUGUUAUUCAGAAUAUUUGUGGAUAAAAAAAAUGUUUGUACCGUAAAGCAACUCAGGUGUAAUUUGUUUUAAUGACCAAAACUGUUGCAAUGUUGGUGACUGAUGGCAGCCAUGUUGAUUUUUUUUUAUAUAACUGUCUUCAGGAACUCGGGCACACCACGGAAAAGGCAUUUCACGGUUUUGAAAUGUUUUCAGUUUACUUACAGCAGCUUUGACACUUUUAAGUUACGUGUGAUAUAAUGACUGGAGGAGAAGUUUGGGUGCAGAGAAAUAGCAUGGUCACUGCUUCCCUCUGGUGGUCAGCUAGACCUAAUCUUCACUAAUAAAGAGCCAUAUGACACAAACUGUUUAGAGACUAUGAAUUAUGAGAUUAUGUUCACUUAUAGUUGGGUUGAAGCAUGACAAGUCAAAAAUAAAACACAUG